AUGGCCAUAGACCCGGUAACGUCGGACCAGUCGGUCUCCAGCAACAGCAUAUCGCACGAGAAAGCCUUGGAGGAGAGGAUCGAGAAUUUCGACGAGCCCCGCCACGACGCCGGCUAUGGCGUCAAGGCCACCAAGCGUCUGUUGAGGAAGAUGGAUGUUCGCCUCAUCCCCUUCCUGGCCCUGCUCUAUCUCCUGAGUUUCCUCGACCGUACCAACAUCGGCAACGCCCGCUUGGCAGGUCUUGAAAAGGACCUGGGAAUGGAGGGACUCGACUACAACAAUGCCCUGGCCAUAUUCUUCCCGUUCUACGUCGCUGCUGAGGUUCCGUCCAACAUGAUGAUGAAACGGACCCGUCCCGCCUUGUGGAUCCCGAUCAUCAUGCUUGCUUGGAGCGUCUGCACCACUCUCAUGGGUUUGGUUAAAAGCUACCCUGGUUUGAUGGUCGCACGUGCCGCGCUUGGUCUCGCUGAAGGCGGUCUCUUCCCUGGAGUUACAUUCUACAUUACCAUGUGGUACCGCAGGCAUGAGUGCGGCUUGCGCAUGGCUGUCUUCUUUUCUGCGGCAACCGCCGCUGGUGCCUUUGGAGGUCUUUUGGCCCGUGGCAUUGCUGAGAUGGACGGCGUUGGCGGCAGAGCAGGCUGGGCUUGGAUAUUCAUCCUGGAGGGCAUCCUCACCUUCAUAAUCGCUGUUACGGCUUUCUUCGUCAUGCACGACUAUCCCGAAACGGCCAAGUUCCUCGAUGAGGACGAGAAGCGGGAAGUCACCAGACGGCUGAAGCUCGAUCGCAGCUCUCUUGCGGACGAGUUUCACGUGAAGUACUUCUGGCACGCCCUGCAGGACUGGAAGAUCUGGGUCCACAUGUUCAUCACGAUUGGAAUCUACACGCCGCUGUACUCCAUUUCCCUGUUCAUGCCCACGAUCGUCAAAGGACUGGGUUACACUGACAACGUUGCACAACUCAUGACGGUCCCUCCUUACGUCGUAGCCUGCGUCUUUUGUAUUGGCGGUGGCUUCUUGGCUGACCGGAUGAAGAUGAGGGGUGUGUUCAUGAUUGGCUUCUGCCUUGUGGCUCUGGUGGGCUUCAUCAUGCUCAUUGCUAGCAAGAACAACUCAGUCAAGUACGCCGGUGUAUUUUUCGCUGCUUCCGGCAUCUACCCCAACGUGCCGCAGGGCGUGGCGUGGAACGGCAACAACAUCGGCGGCUCGACGAAGCGGGGCGUCGGCAUUGCAAUGCACGUGGGCUUUGGCAAUCUGGGAGGCGCUGUCGCCUCGUACAUCUACCGUUCGACGGACGCGCCCCACUACCACAUCGGCCAUGGCACUCUCAUCGGCUGCAUCACCAUGAGCGCCAUCCUCAGCACCUUCAUGACCUUGUACCUGCGCAAUGAGAAUGCGCGCCGCGACACCAAGCACAAGAAGCCGGAGGAGUACAGCGAGGAGGAGAAGACACUCGAGAGGGAGAAGGGCGACAAUGCGACGUUCUUCAGGUACACAGUCUGA